AUGCUGGCGAGACAGCUCCAUUGGGCUUUCUGUUGCUGGCUAGGGGUUUGCCUGUGGCUUCUGGCUGGCGAAAGAGGAUGCAUCGGCGCUGCGCACUGCCGGAGCCCCCCAUGCAGCCGGAGCAGUGACAGCGAACAUCAGCCCAGCAGACAACACUGCCAGGGCCCCCACUGCUCAGGAAGGGCAAGGCACCCUUCUCGUGCCUUUGCCCACUCCACCACACCUGUGCAAGGGCAGCUGCAACAGCCUCUAGGGGGCAGCAGCCUGGGACAUGCUGCCUUGGCCGCCACGAGGGGCGCAGAAGAGAGUUGCUCUGGAGGAGGAGACUGCAGCCCUGGUGCUCCCAAUGGCACCGUUCGGGACUGCAAAGGCAUUGAGUGCAGGCUGCCUCUGCACAUUCGCCAGAAGUCCAGGCCAGCUACCCAGACCAUCCCAUGCCCUCCAAAACAGGGGGAAGGUUGCCAAGAGCCCACCUUGGUCAGAGCAACUGAGAGGGCAGCCCAGUUCAUUGGAGAAGACCUUGCCUACACAGCUUCAGAACUAGGCGGUGCUGCCCUGGGCGUUCAGCUGACCUGUGAUGUCAAACCAGGUAGGUGUGGUGUCUAAACUAGGCCAGUUCUAAAAUGUAAAACGAGCGAGGUCCCAACUAAGAGGAAUGGCAACUUAAGCUGAUGGACUAUGUGCAGCAUGCGGACUUCACAUAUAGAAUAAGAGAACAAGAAGAACAUACGGUUAUAGAAGAUUGGAAAAUGUUUAUUGAAUAUAUGGGGGGGAACUUGUGUACACUUGAAAACGUUGGCAGCAUUAAGAUAAAUUCAGCAGUGUAAAUAAGUUUGGAUGGAUGUAAUAAUGGAAUACUGAAUGGUUUAGUUUAUGUAAAAUAUGCAGAGACUUAUGAUAUGCAAAAAGAGAAGAAGGGAAGUCAUUGAUAUUUUAAGGAUGUUUAAAUGAAUAUUCUAAAUGGUAAAACAUAAUAUAUAUAUAGCCAGUUCAAGUCUGUGUUUCUGAUCACCUUUCCCGAUGUUUCAGUGACUGCUAGCCAAGAUGACUAUGCUCUGCUUCCGUAGUAAUUCUUCUGAAUACCAGUUGCUAGAAACCACAGGAGGGGAGAGUGCUGUUGUGCUCGAAUCUCAUUUGUGAGUUUCCCGCAGGCAUCUGCAGAGGCGCCAGGUUGCCCCCAAGACUGAGAGUGACCGGCGCACAGCGCACGUCUGUGACAUGCAUUGCGCGACAUCUCACACGUUUCCUGACACCCCGCAAACUGGUGCAGUCUUCUGCAACGUUGCAUCCUCUGAAGGAGGCUGAGCACUCUGGUGGAGCCGGGCCCUGAAGCUGAAGCUCCGCCACCUGCCCAAGGAUGUUGUGUGCUGAUUCUGGGUGUGAGGCUGGACUUAGCCUGCAACAAAUAAUAUAGCACAGCAACAUGCUAAGGCCAAUAGAAAAACACAUACAUAACGAAAUGAUUCAAGCUUUGAAAUAUUCUGAACUCUUCAUCAGGCAAAUAGUGCCUGAUGAAGACUUCUGGGUAUCAAAAAUAGGGUACAUCAACUUGGUUUAAUGGCAGGACAUUUCCCCAUAUGGAUUACACACACACACGGCUUUGCUUUAUUUCUGCCCUUGAAUGCUAUUUGCUUGCACCAAGCUAAAUGCUCCAGCAAGUCCUGUCACACAUUCUGGUGACCUCGUUUGAUGAUGUUUUGAGAAAUACCACCAAGGAUUUAUGUUUUAAUGCCAGGUUGUUUGUAUUUUAGGGGGAAACGAGGUUCCGUCUGAGGAUGCGCUUGUGCUGCAACUUCAGCUUACGAAAGGACAAGAGAAAUUUGUCGACUUGCUAAAAAGCCAGCAGGCGGUGAUUGUGGAUUUACAGCAAAAACUUGCAGAGCAGCAGAGCAUGUUGGUGGCUCAGCAGCGGGAAAUCGUAGAGCAACACAGGAAAAUGUAUGAACAAAUGGAUCUGAUCAAGGUCCAGUAUGGCAUGCUUUUUGACACGGUGAAGCAAAUGUCGUUUCAGAGUUUGCAAGAGGAUAUUCAACAUUAUUUCGAAGCCAAUCUCCAAGGCCUUCAGAACCAAGUCAGAAGCCAUCUCCAAAAGUCCUACUCCAUGCAUAAAGUAGAAGUCGAUGCCAAAGUGAUUGAUGUUGGGGAACCUUUAAUGGACUGUGGCCUUUGUGAAAGUGACGAAUUUUGUAAUUUCCAAAAGACACCCUCGCAGUGUGAAAAAUGCACCUUAUGCCCUGCUGGCUUUUUCCAGCUGUCUGAGUGCUCGACAAAUGCUGAUCGGAUAUGCCAGGUGAAAGAUCAUUGUGCUCGGAAUCUCAAUGGUACCUUUCCCCCAAAAAGGAACAGCCCCACUGAAAGGUCACAGCCAGACCAACUAAAGUUAAAGUACAAAUACAGUGCUACCUCUGGUUACGAACUUAAUUCGUUCCAGAGGUCCGUUCUUAACCUGAAACCGUUCUUAACCUGAGGUACCACUUUAGCUCAUGGGGCCUCCCGCUGCUGCCACACGAUUUCUGUUCUCAUCCUGAGGUAAAGUUCUUAACCUGAGGUACUACUUCCGGGUUAGUGGAGUCUGUAACCCAAAGUGUUUGUAACCUGAGGUGUUUGUAACCCGAGGUACCACUGUACCCAUGUUUCAGUAUUAUAUACUUUUGGGUUUCGUUGCAUUAUUUUUUGUGCAAACGACGUUUAUUAUGUCUGUAGUCUUUUCACUUUUGCCUGUAUGCUCCAGCACAAAUUACACAUUUAACAUAGAAAGUUGCCUUAUGCUGAGUCCAUUUAGCUCCAUAUUGUCCACACCAAUUAGCAGCAGCUCUCCUUCUACAUGCAAGGCAGAUAGAUUCUCCACCACUGAGCUACGGCCCUUCACACAAUGUAUAUCUCACUUCCGUAAGCCUCUACAAUCAGGUCCACAUCCAAGUUUGAUGGGCCCCUGGGCAAAGUGUCCUGGGUUGGGUCUCCCUCCUCGGUCGAUGGACCCUGACCUGGCCACACUGGCCGUUCUCCAAGCAGCAUGAUGCCCCAAAGCUAUGCAACGUGUUUGAACCUGACUCUUGUUGUCUGUUACUCGUAGGAUAGAGAUGAGUGCAUUGAAUCACCAAACAUCUGUGGAGAAAGGAUCAAGUGCCUGAACACUCCAGGUAAAUUGCUGCAUUUCUGUGAAUGAAGCCAUUCAUGAAGGCAGGAAUGUUCCCUCAUGGUGCAGUUUCAAGUGGAAAUUGUGGAGUUGGGCUGAAGAAUAAGAGCUUUCAGGACUCUUUGUUAGGGGGAAAAAAUCACUUUUAUGUUGCAAUGCAUUAUUUCAAUUCAGUAUGUUCUCUUUACAAGUGCUGCAUUUAUAGAAUUAUUGCAAAUAAUUUAGUGGCAGCCAUACUUAGUCAUGAAAUAUAUACUGGGGAGCCCCUCCCAAUUUAAUUUGAUGAUACACAAGUUUUGAGUUACAUAUAUAUCCCACUCCCUGAACAUCCCCUUCAAGCCACUUCAACAGGACUCACUACACUCUCUAAAUUAUUUUUUUAUUUUUGGACUCCCAUCAGCUCCAGCCAUCGUGCUUCAGAAUUAUUGCAUGCAAAUUAAAAAUUGGGUCUAUCAGUUAUAUUUGUAUGUAAGUAAUGGCAAUAGUUCAAUAGAAACACAUGCAAUUUAAUCAACACAGAAGCAUAGAGCGGUAGAGCUGGGUCUUCUAGUCCAACCCCCUGCAAUGCAGGGAUCUCAACAUGCGGUCCUCCAUCUAAUUUAGAAGGGGAUAAAUGACAGCCCUCUUGGGGUAUAUAUUGCCUCUGCAACAUUACGUUUUUAUUGUAUGGUGCCUUAAGAGCAUGGACAGACAGGAUAUAAAUAUUUUCAGCAACUGGUUGUUUGUUGCUUUGGGUGUCAAAAAAGGUUAUUUCUGUAUGCUACUACUGUGGCCCAUGUUUUGUUAGCCCCAAAAUGGAAAACGAGUGAGGUCCCAAUGGCAUCUUAAGUUGACAGACUAUGCACAACUCGAAGACUUAACAUAUAGAAAGAGAGAACAAGAAAAACAUACGUUUAAAGAUGAUUGGAAAAUGUUUAUGGAUUAUAUGGGAAAUAAUUGUGUACAGCUGGAAAUGCUAGCAGCAUCAAGAUAAAUUCAACAGUGUAAAUAAGUUCUGAUGGAUGCAAAGAAGGAAUACUAAAUGUUUCUGUAAAAUAUGCAGGGAUUUAUUAUAUGUAAAAUGAACCAUUGAAAGAGAAGAAGGGAAGUCACUGAUAUCCUUAAGAUUUAAAAUGAGUAUCUUAAACUGUAAAACAGAAAACUUAGUAAGUUGCUUUGGGUUACUUUGUGUAAAAGGGAAAAAACAGCAUGACUAGUAAGUGCAAAUAAUAAUAACAAUAAUAAUGAUAGACUAAUAAUAAUGCAACAUGGGCCUGCGGCUGAAACUGUAUUUCCCUGUGUGUGAACAGGAGGAUUCCGAUGCCUUGGAAUUGCAGCAAAAGAAGCUGCCUUGGGAUUGUGCGGAGAAGAGUAUUUCUUUAACAAAGAGCUGCAAGAGUGCCAGGCUUGCUUAAUGUGUGAAGACAGGGCGGUCGUUCUCCCCUGCUCCACUGUCAGCGACACCGUUUGCUCAACAGCCAGUGAGAACAAGCUGUCCGAGUCCUGGACUGCGAAUGUCAUUUUACCCAUGGCAAAUUCUGGCGCUUCUCAAAUUUAUCCCGGCGUUACCUUGAAGAUAAAGGGGAAGUACGAGUGGGACAUCAUCACGGUGGAAGAGAACAGCCUGGUCUUCAAGCAGCACGGCCUAAUGUGGGCCGACUUCAAUUUUGCCGUGAAACACAACUGCAGGAAUUUCCUCCAGCUUGCCUUGAAAGUCAGCAGCCAGGAGGAGGAAGGCUGCGAGCUAAGCGCAGUCCGCAUCGAGCAGCCGGAAGGCAAAAUCUUCCAGAGCGUCAGUGUGAGCGGCACUGCGGAGGUAGAGCCAGGCCAAGCUCUCUGGCUGUUUUUGAAGAGCCCCAAUCAAUUCUGCAACCAAAGUAAAGACUUCAACGUUUACGACCUCAACACGCCCCUCAGUUUGCUUUGGUUAUCCCACGAUACGGGGGCGGUAGCCAUGACUGCGCAGCUGUCCACCGCGAUGCACUACCAAACGAACUACCGGCCAACUUUCAGAUUGGUUUCCCUUUCCGACCCUUACAUGCUAACCUUGUCCCACGAUGGCAGAGCCGUCAAGUUUACGGAAAGGGGCGUGGUGAAGUUCGUUUUGCACCAAGCCUUGUACUCCAUGGGCCCCACCUGCAUCCGCGAAGGGCUUUCCCUGGUGUCUUAUCUCAACCGAAACGGCACUAACGCAGAACUAAUGACGGUGCACAAGUCUGGCGUCAAUUAUCGAGACACGUCGAUAUCUGCCUCCGGGGCCACCAAAGUUGAAGCCGGGGAUCUGAUUAGCUUUGAGAUCCUUUCGCCAGCACAAUGCAACAUUCGUUAUUUUGGAGAUAGCUCUGGAAUUAGUACGCUGAGCCUCAUCUGGAUCCCAUCUGCAGUUUCCACUGCUCUCACAGCCUCGGUCUCCGUUAAGGGGCUGCCCACAGGAGCUGUCAGAAACAAAUUACUGGAUUUUACUCAAGUUUCCUCCAUUGAGAAGCAGAUCCGUCUGGUUUCUACUGGGCAACUUGCUCAGAAAUACUUUGUCUUUACCGAAAGGGGAGUCGCCAGUGUUGUGUUUUCAAUAAAGCUGAUCCACUCGUGUAACAUGCUCCGGGUGACUCUAAAUCAGCUCCUGGGUGAUCAUGGGCAGCCUCAUUCAAUUGCGCAGCAGGUUGGAGGGCAAAUGCCAGAAGGAAGUAUCUGGACCAGCGUUGCGCUUCGCUCCUCCUUUGAAGUUCAUAACGGUACAAUGAUAUCUGUUUCUCUGGACUGUGUGCGUGGCAGGGUCAACCACGUUGCACAUCAGCAUGGAACUGGCUUGUCCAUUUUAUGGGUUUCAUCUAUCCCAGGAGGAAACUGA